AUGGCUGACACCGGUCUUCCUCCUGGUUGGGAGGUCCGUCACUCCAACUCCAAGAACCUUCCUUACUACUUCAACUCGGCCGAGAAGUUGUCGCGAUGGGAGCCCCCUUCUGGCACCGACACCGAGAAGCUCAAGCAUUACAUGGCGACUAACCAUUCUGCUGGUUCGCGCCCUGGUGCUGUUCCUGGUGUUCCUGAGGGCAAGAUCCGCGCUGCUCAUCUUCUCGUCAAGCACCGCGAUAGUCGACGACCCAGCAGCUGGAGAGAGGCCGAGAUUACUCGUUCCAAGGAGGAAGCUCUCGAGAUCCUCAAGGAGCACGAGGCUAAGAUCAAGUCUGGCAGCAUCAGCCUUGGCGAGCUUGCUCUUACCGAGUCCGACUGCUCGUCCGCUCGCAAGCGUGGAGAUCUGGGAUACUUUGGCAAGGGAGAUAUGCAGAGAGAGUUUGAAGAGGCUUCCUUUGCUCUUUCGCCUGGCCAGAUGAGUGAAAUUGUGGAGACGGCCAGCGGUCUGCACUUGAUUGAGCGUCUGGAAUAA